AUGUCUCUCUCAGCAAUAUGUCUCGUCCUCCUCCUCACCCUCGCCCCAGUCACAGCAACUUGCUACUGGCCCAAUGGCGACACAGACGACAACUACACCCCCUGCCCCAACAGCAAAUCCUGCUGUCUCAAAGGCGAAGCCUGCCUCUCCAACGGCCUCUGCUACGGCGCAACCCUCAACAUCGCCUAUCGCGGUGCCUGUGCCGAUAAAUCCUGGCCGGCCAAGGAGUGUCCGCAUGUUUGUCUCGACUCGAUCCCCGACCACUGGGCAAAUCUUUACUCGUGCCCCAAUUCCUCGACGAAUGUGUUCACGUGCGGGUAUGCGGGGUGGGCGACGGACGUCUGUAGUGCGAAUCUGGGGCAGUGGCUGUGGGUGAGUGGGAAUGUUGAGGUUGCGAAGAAUGGGAAUCCGAGUCCGUCUGCCUCUGCUUCCACAGUGCUGGACAUUAUCACAACCACGUCGUCGGUUUCUGGUUCGUCUACGGGGACGCCGAGGGGGACGAUUACGAAGGAUAUCGUCACGACUACUGGGUCUGAGUCUGCUACGGCGACGGGGACAGGGACAGGGACAGAGACGGGUACUCCGAAAUCGACGGAUACCUCUAUCUCUGCGAUGACGCUCGGCGCGGGAUUAGGGGUUGGACUCGGCGUCCCACUGGUAGUCGUAUCGGGGCUACUAAUCUUUUGUAUCCGGAUGCGGAGGCGAGCGCCGGCAGCGCCAGCACCGCCGGUCAAUGAAAAGGUCUACCCUGGAGCUGUAUACUACCCAGGUCCAGCAGAGAUUGCCACGCAGAGACACAAUAUGGCUACGGAGCUGGAGGGGUCGAGGCAUGUUCUGCCUGAUCGACCAGAGUUAUACGGGUAG